ACGUUGUGGCGUUGUGUUGCGGUCGCGUUGUUGAUAGCCAAAAAUGUUCGUUCGCCGCAAAUUCUGCUAAACUAAAAGAUCUUUAAAUUUUAAUAUUUUCCAAGCGUAUAGUUGUUUAGUCAAUUAAUCAAUUAAUAAUUUCCGUUCCAUAAUUGACGUAUACGACUGCUUAAACUUCAAGGUGCUUCAUCAAUGUUAAUUCACUAAUUACACUUGCAAUCAGCGAAAGUGAUAAAUGGAAGAGCAGCCCAAGGAACGAGUUAGAUGCUUUUUUGACGUAUCCAUAGGCGGUUUACAAUCAGGCCGAAUCGUUUUUGAAUUAUUUUCAGAUAUUGUACCAAAAACAUGUGAGAAUUUCAGAUGUCUUUGUACAGGUGAAAAAGGCAUAGGGUUGAAUACGAAAAAAGCGUUGCAUUUCAAGGGGGUUAUUUUUCAUCGAGUUGUGAAGGAUUUUAUCAUCCAAGGAGGAGAUUUUUCUAAUGGAAAUGGAACAGGAGGUGAAAGUAUUUAUGGAGGAACUUAUGAAGACGAAAAUUUUGAACUAAAACACGACCAACCUUUUCUACUGUCGAUGGCAAAUCGAGGAAAGGACACGAAUGGUUCUCAAUUCUUUAUUACUACACAACCGGCCCCUCAUCUCGACAAUGUACAUGUUGUCUUUGGACGUGUUGUUGGAGGAGUUGAUGUCGUUCGUCAGAUUGAAUCACUACCAGUUGAUGCGAACAGUCGUCCAUUACAAGAUGCGAAGAUUGUUAAAUGCGGAGAACUUGUGAGGCAAGUUAAGGUGAAAAAAGAUAAGAAGAAGAAAAAGGAAGAAAAGGAAGAAAACGAAAACGAAGAGGAAUUAUCUGGUGAUGAGAAGAAAAAGAAGAAACAUAAGAAGGAUAAAAAAAAGGAGAAAAAAGAUAAGAAACAUAAAGGAAAAACUGAUGCCGAUUCAGAAGAGGAAGGGGAAUUGAAAGACCUUCAUCCUUUGGCUACUGUGACCGAUAUUAAUCCUGACGACAUCCCUGAUGUUCCGUAUAAUAAGUUUCUAAUGAGAGGUCCGCAAGAAAAAGAUCGAAAAGUUAACAAAAAAAGAAAAGACGAUUUUAGAACUAAAGGUUUAAGAGAUAGGAAUCGCAGAGAUUGGGAUAAUCAUGGUUUUAACAGAAGAGAUCGACCGGUGACUACCAAAAGCGGAAGGAUUAUUAAAGGAAGGGGAAAAUUCAGAUACAGAACGCCGUCUCGGAGCCGAUCUCGCAGCGGGACUCCGCUUCAUUGGCGUAAAGAAGAAAACCGCGUCAUUAAAUUAUCCGAAUUCGAAAAACUCGAACAGGAACGCAGAAAACGUGAAGAGCGCAGGAAAAUGGAAAAAGCAGCGAAAGAAGAAAGUCAGCCAGAGAAUGAAACAGACGUAACGAACGACGAUAAGAAUAACAAAGAAGUAGAUUACAACGCUUUGGAUUAUGAAGAUAACCAAUCUGAAGAAGAAGAAGCCGUCAGAAAACAAGUGCCCAGUUUGGUUCAGUAUCCUCUACCAGGCAGUUUCAAUCCAAAUAACGAAUUAGAUCAAAAAAACAAUAAAGACGUAAUGAUAAAUAACACAAAGAGCGAUGUCAUGGCUAUGGCUUUGGGUGUACAAGUGAAAACUGGCGAAGAGACACCGAAAAACGAAAUGAACCAAAAUAAUGAUUCGAUGAAAACAUCUGGAGGUCAAAACAACGAGAAAAAACGUACAGUUUCCGAUGCCAGUAAAAAAGACGUGGAAGUACGAACAGGGCGUAAUAAAUUCGAAACCGAAAAACCGGACAAUCACAAUAACGAAAAUCGGGAAUAUAAAAAUUCCAACUAUCGCGAAUCUACCAGACGUAGAAUGGAAAGGCGCCCAUUCGACGAUCGCAGACCCAUACGAAGACCCUUCAUGCGGCGCGAUAGAGGGCGCUAUAUGCCUUAUUUGUCGAGAGAUCGCAAAUAUAAAAGAUCACCGAGAAGGUCUAGGUCGAAACACAGACAAAGAUCGCGAUCCCACAACAGGCAUUCUAGGAGUAGAAAAUCGGCGAGCCCUGUCAAAGAGAAGAUCAGAAACAGGUCCAAGUCAACUUCAGAUGAUGAAAAAAAAGCAAAAAAACAAGAGAGUGACCAUAAAGAAGAGAAGAAGAUUGACGAUGCGGAAGAGAAAUACAAAAAACUCUUGAUUCUGCGAAAGCAAAUGGAAUUGUUGGAAAUGAAAAAGAAAAAAGAAGUUGAACAAAAGUUGCUAGAAGAGAAACAUAGAAAAGCGAAAGAAGAAGCCGAUAUGUUAGAAAAAGCGAAGAAGGCUAAGAGAGAGGCGAUUGAAAAGGAGAAGUUGUUGAAGACUUAUAAAGUUUUGCAAGAAUUGGAUAAGAAUAGUUCGUCCAAAUCAAAACGAGAGAGAAGCUACAGUUCCAGUUCCAGCAGUUACAGUGACAGUUCAAGCGACUCUUCAAGGAAGUCUAAGAGAUGCGGAAGAUCACGUUCCCGUUCCCGAAGAAGGGAAAAGAGGAGGAGAAGCAGUUCAAGUAGAAGUAGAUCGAAACGUCGAGGUUACACACCUAAAAAGAAAAGAUAAUAUAAAAAGUAAAUGUUUCUUUUUGUCAUCAUUUUUAGUGAUUGUCAAUUUAAAUAAUUAUGCAGUUUUCUGUUUUUCGUGUAAAACUAUUUUUUCUUUUAAUUGUAAGUAAAGAAAUUAAAACCCAAAAUACCAAA